AUGAACAAAAUUACCAUUAGCUCCGAAUGCGCAAAACUGAGUUUUUCAAAAGAUAUUCUAACCAAAAUAGAUGUUCGUGUUAUAUAUAGAUUGGAUACUUCAGAAGAUAAAACAGAUAUAUGUGUAGGUGCAGGAAAGUUUCCUACCUGAAAUAAAGUAUGUAAUCUCCAAGGAAGAGGUUCUAACUUCUUAAUUAUAUAAAGAAAAUGUUUUUUUUAAACUUAAAAUAUCUGAAAUUUUACUGGCUCAUUAAAAAAAAUUUAAUUAAAACAGAGUAAGAUACUUCUCCAAGUUAUCGGAUCAGACUCCAACGGACAAGCACUUAUCGGAGAAGCUCAAAUUGAUUUAAAAGAAGGUGAAAACUGGUUUGAGCUCUCUCGAAAUGGGGAAUCAGCAGGGCAAAUUAAAUUAAAAAUCGCAGUUAAAAAAAUCGAAGAAACUCUUCAAAGUUUUUCGAACGAGACUGCUCUUAUUAAUCAAGGCAUGCCUCAAGGAAUAACGGAACCACAAAGAAUGCCUUUGCAUCAGCUUGGACCAUAUGGAUAUCCGAUGGGAUAUCCAACAAUGCAAAAUAUUCAAAUUUCGCAGCUACCUCAAGUUAUGACUAUGCCUCCAAAUGGAUAUAGGCAAACCUAUAGCCAAGAAAAUCCUCAGCAAAUGCUUUCGCAGACCAGAUUGCCACCUCCUAAUAUUCCAAAUCAAGAAUUCAUGCCAAUGCAAGGAGGUCAUAUAUCAGGCAUUAUGAGAGGUAGCACAGGGACUGUUCCUACAGCUGUGCCUCCUCAGCAGGUGCAAAUUUGCGAUAUGGGCUACGAUCAUCAAUUACCUCACUAUGUUUUACCAAUGCGACAGGAAUAUACCUGAUGCCCUGUUUGCUAUAGUUCUCCACCAGGGCAAUUUCAAUAUUAUCAUCAACAGCCAAGUUAUCCAUGCUACUAUCAAAAUCCAGCUACAAGUCAGACAAGCUCAGCUCAAGGUCCUAAUCCAGAUAGGACCCAACCUGGUGGGCGGCAAGAUUGUUUUUAG